AUGGCCGGCCCGCGCUCAGGAAAGAACUCAACGGCCAACGGCUCCGGCGGCGGGGAAUCGUCGAGCAAGCAGUCGCUGAACGAGGCGUCGGACAAGGAGCUGUUUGGCAGCAAUGGCGUCGACAAGUAUUCGGGCUACGACACGUCCAUCGCCGUGCAGGACCAGGACGACGAUAUGGACGACGUGCAGCUCAACGGCCGGAGCCUCACGGGCCAGUACACGGCCACCAACGAGAUGCUGAACGAGUUCGCGCACGGCGACACGGCCGAGGCCGACAUCCUCGACAGCCGCGAGAAGCAGGCGCAGAUCGCCUCGCGCGAGACCGACUACCAGCGCCGACGCUUCGACCGCGCCCUCUCGCCCGAACGCGCCGACCCCUUUGCGAAGGACGGCGAGGAGGGCGGCAUGUCGUACAAGGAGGUCAUGAAGGCGCGGGAGCUGGAGCGCGAGGAGGCACGCGUCCAGAGGCUCAUCGAGGACCGGGAGAAGGAGGGCGGCAACCAGGUGCUCGACCACCAGCCCACGCUCAACGACGACGCGCCCCCACCCGUCAACGGCGACAAGACGCCGCCCAUGGAGAAGAAGCGCAAACGGAGACGGUGGGACGAGGGCGACGGCAAAGAAGCUGCGGCUAUCGAGGAGGCGCCAAAGGAAGAGCCUGAGACCAAGAAGCGGUCCCGGUGGUCGCCAGGCCCAGAGGAAGACAAGGCGCCCGAGGCCGCUGCACCAGUGCGAUCACGCUGGGACACAACCGCAGUCGCACCCUCUGGUGGCGCUGCGACACCCGCCCCCGUCGCGAACGGCGCGCGCCCAGCAAUGCCCUCGUUUGCCUUUGGCACAGACAUCUCGAACCGCAAUGCGCCACUGUCCGACGAGCAGCUCGACAUGAUGCUCCCUGGUGAAACUGAGGGCUACAAGGUCCUCGAGGCACCUCCGGGCUAUGAACCAGUCCGACGACCAGUGGGCAUGCCAGCGCUCCCCACAGGAUACCAGGGCUUCUUGCUCCCAGAAGCGGACAACAGCUUGGCCGCAAUGGGCAAGCAGCUGCCAACAGAGAUCCCAGGCGUGGGCGACCUGCAAUUCUUCAAGAACGAGGAUAUGAAGUACUUUGGCAAGCUGACCGACGGCGCCGACGAGAACGAGAUGACGGUAGAUGAGCUCAAGGAACGCAAGAUCAUGCGACUUCUCCUGAAGGUCAAGAACGGAACACCACCCAUGCGAAAGACUGCGCUGCGACAACUCACAGACAACGCCCGCCAAUUCGGCGCAGGCCCUCUUUUCAACCAGAUCCUCCCUUUGCUGAUGGAGCGUACGCUGGAGGACCAGGAGCGCCAUUUGCUAGUCAAAGUCAUUGACCGUGUUCUGUACAAGCUCGAUGACCUCGUCCGUCCGUACGUUCACAAGAUCUUGGUCGUUAUUGAGCCGCUCCUCAUUGACCAGGAUUACUACGCUCGUGUUGAAGGUCGCGAGAUCAUUUCCAACCUCGCAAAGGCUGCAGGUCUCGCACACAUGAUCAGUACAAUGCGUCCCGACUUGGACCACCAGGACGAAUACGUGCGAAACACCACUGCUCGAGCUUUCGCCGUUGUUGCCUCUGCCCUCGGUAUACCAGCGCUCCUUCCCUUCCUCCGAGCUGUGUGCAGGUCGAAGAAGUCGUGGCACGCCCGUCACACUGGUGUAAAGAUUAUCCAGCAGAUUCCCAUCUUGAUGGGCUGUGCUAUCCUGCCUCACCUGAAGGGGCUCGUUGAGUGCAUUGGCGAGAACUUGAACGACGAACAGCCAAAGGUCCGCAUGGUCACUGCGCUUGCGCUUGCUGCUCUCGCUGAAGCUGCAAGCCCGUACGGUAUCGAGUCUUUCGACGACAUCCUCAACCCUCUGUGGACGGGUGCUCGACGCCAGCGUGGCAAGGCCCUUGCAUCCUUCCUGAAGGCUGUCGGUUAUGUCAUUCCGCUCAUGGACGAAGAAUACUCCAACUACUACACCAGCCAGAUCAUGGAGAUUGUCAUCCGAGAAUUCCAGUCUCCAGACGAAGAGAUGAAGAAGGUCGUCUUGAAGGUGGUAUCGCAAUGCUCGAAUACGGCAGGUGUCACGCCAGUCUACCUAAAGGACAACGUCCUGCCGGAGUUCUUCAAGCACUUCUGGGUACGACGUAUGGCCCUCGACAAGCGUAACUACCGACAGGUGGUUGACACUACCGUCGACUUGGCGCAGAAAGCUGGUGUUUCUGAAAUCGUCGGCCGCAUUGUUAAUAACAUGAAGGACGAGAACGAAGCAUACCGCAAGAUGACAGUCGAGACCAUCGACAAAGUUAUCAGCACCCUAGGCGCCCACGAUGUCGACCAGCGUUUGGAGGAACAGCUUAUUGAUGGUGUGCUUGUAGCCUUCCAAGACCAAACCAUUGAAGACCCCAUAGUCAUUGAUGGAUUCGCUACGGUGGUCAACGCGCUGGGUGAGCGAACCAAGACCUAUCUCCCACAGAUCGUUGCUACUGUCCUCGCCCGACUGAACAACAAGUCUGCCACGGUGCGCCAGCAGGCUGCAGAUCUGAUUUCGCGAAUCACCUUCGUCAUGCAGAAGUGCGAUGAAGACCCCCAGCUUAUCAAGCUUGCGCAAGCACUGUACGAGUACCUUGGUGAGGAAUACCCUGAAGUUCUUGGUUCCAUUCUGGGUGCUCUUCGUGCCAUCGUCACAGUUGUCGGUCUGCAUGCCAUGCAACCGCCCAUCAAGGACUUGUUGCCCCGUCUAACACCCAUUCUUCGCAACCGACACGAAAAGGUCCAGGAAAACACAAUCGACCUAGUCGGCAGAAUUGCUGAUCGAGGUGCAAACUACGUCAACCCUCGAGAAUGGAUGCGAAUCUGCUUCGAACUCCUGGACAUGCUGAAAGCACACAAGAAGGGCAUCCGACGUGCCGCCAACAACACAUUCGGUUACAUCGCCAAAGCCAUUGGCCCUCAAGAUGUACUGGCAACUCUCCUCGGCAAUCUCCGUGUGCAGGAGCGUCAAUCUCGUGUGUGCACAGCUGUCGCCAUCGGUAUCGUGGCCGAAACAUGCGCUCCUUUCACCGUCCUACCCGCCCUCAUGAACGAGUACCGCGUGCCGGAACUCAACGUGCAAAACGGCGUACUCAAAUCCCUCUCCUUCAUGUUCGAAUACAUCGGCGAAAUGGCAAAAGACUACGUCUACGCCAUCACGCCCCUCCUCGAAGACGCCCUCAUCGACCGCGACCAAGUGCACCGUCAAACCGCCGCCUCGGUCGUCAAGCACGUCGCCCUCGGCUGCGUCGGCCUCGACUGCGAAGACGCUAUGAUCCACCUGCUCAACCUCCUCUGGCCGAACUUAUUCGAAACUAGCCCCCACGUCAUCGACAGAAUCAUAGAGGCUAUCGAGGGCAUCCGCAACGCUGUCGGCACCCCGCUCGUCAUGAAUUAUAUCUGGGCUGGCCUCUUCCACCCUGCCAGGAAAGUCCGCCAGCCGUAUUGGCGCAUCUACAACGACGCGUAUGUCCAGAACGCUGAUGCGAUGGUCCCUGCGUACCCGACGUUCGAGGACGAGGAUGUGAGGAGACAUGAGCUGGAUAUUUUCAUCUGA